AUGUUUUCAUCAGCGCUCAAAUCCUUCAGUUCCAACAUUUCCUCUCACUAUCAAAUCUCCCCCGAGCCAGCUUUCAUAUCAGGCCCAUGGAAGGUCCAUGAUGGAACUAAAAAAUCCACAGGCACUGCGGCCUCUAUAUUCAUCUUUGACCGAAAGACGAUAGAGCCGAGGACAGGUGGAUUUGGCCGGUCGGCUAGUGCUUCGUCGCUGAAGAAGAUUCAUGAAGAGGUGGUUGAGAGAUUGAAGCGGGAGGUCAGUAGUUUGACACGUCUACGUCAUCCUUCAAUUCUUCAGAUUCUGGAACCGGUUGAAGAGACUCGGAACGGCGGGUUGAUGUUCGCUACGGAGCCGAUUACGGCUUCCCUUGAUGGUCUUCUUAAGGAGAAAGACUCUCAGGAAGGAGGAGGUGGUGGUGGUUCAAGACCCAGUCGUUAUACGAUAGAGUCUCCAGAUGGGACCAGAAGGCGUCGAGAGGUGGAAAUUGAUGAACUCGAAAUUCAAAAGGGCUUACUCCAGAUCGCUAAAGGGUUGGAAUUUUUACAUGAAUCUGCUGGUCUUGUUCACGGAAAUUUGAAUCCGGAAGCAAUAUAUAUCAAUAUCAAAUCAGACUGGAAGAUAGCUGGGUUGUCAUUUGCUGGCCCACCUGAUACUUCCACGACUCAAUCCUCACUUCCGCCUUUGGCGCUUUCGGAGGUUUUAUAUCAGGAUCCUCGACUACCGCCCUCUGUUCAGUUGAAUAUAGAUUAUACAUCGCCGGAUUUCGUGAUGGAUUCGAACGUGUCGCCUGCAGCUGAUCUGUUUUCUCUUGGACUAAUCAUUGUUGCUCUUUAUAAUUCGCCGCAUAUCUCUCCUAUACAAGCACAUUCCAAUACCUCUACAUAUAAGAAGCUUCUCACUACCCCUUCCACCACACCUUCCCAAGCAAACAGCUUCCUUUGCACACGUCCCAUCCCCAAGGAUCUUCUUAAUAGCGUCCUACCAAGACUUAUUACCAGAAGACCUGCCCAGCGCUUGAAUGCGCGCGAAUUCCAACAAUCAGCAUAUUUUGACAAUAUUCUCGUGUCUACAAUCCGCUUCUUAGAAUCUUUACCAGCAAAGACCCAGAAUGAAAAGUCUCAAUUCAUGCGAGGGUUGCAACGGGUCAUACCCGAGUUUCCUCCAUCGGUACUCGAGAAGAAAGUGCUUGGUGCACUCUUGGAAGAAACAAAGGACCGAGAUCUGCUAUCUCCUAUAUUACAGAAUAUUUUCCACAUUUUGAAGAAAGUGCCGAACGGACGACGUGUUUGUCCUGAAUUGAUCAUUCCAAAGCUCAAAGAGAUAUUUUUGGCUACCGGUGGUAAAGGUGCUGCGCAAGAACGGGAUACAACGAGAGACGCUGGUCUCAUGGUUGUACUCGAGAACCUGAGUGUUAUCGCCGAAAACUGUUCAGGCAAAGAUUUCAAAGAAGACAUUCUUCCUCUGGUUCAGCUUGCCAUGGACUCCAGCACACAUUCUCUCGUAGACGCAGCUAUGAAAACACUCCCUGUCAUGCUUCCAGUCCUAGACUUCAGUACUGUCAAAAAUGACAUAUUCCCUCCGAUUGCGUCUACGUUCAGCAAGACGAACAGUUUAAACAUCAAAAUCAGAGCUCUGGAGGCAUUUGUUGUUCUCUGUGGUGGUGCUGACGACAAAGAUGUAGAGCCUGUGGACGACUUAUCUGGUAUAGUCGAAGACAAGAAGAAAGUGAAAAAGUCCUCUCCAUCGAUACUUGACAAAUAUACCGUACAAGAGAAGCUCGUUCCGCUUUUGAAAGCCAUCAAGACGAAAGAACCAGGUGUUAUGAUGGCUGCUUUGGCAGUUUUCCGGCAAGUUGGGAAGAUUGUCGACACUGAUUUCGUGGCGCUUGAGGUGUUACCGGUAUUGUGGGCUUUCAGCCUUGGGCCGUUGUUGAAUAUUCAACAAUUCGAACAGUUCAUGGCACUGAUAAAAUCUCUAUCAACGAAAGUUGAACGAGAGCAGUUACGGAAACUCCGCGAGCUUUCAUCAAGAGAGGACUCGUCUGUCACCCGUCAGACCACAGGAGGUGCACUCGGAGUCAGUGCACCUUCUGGUGCUGAUGACGCCUCGGAUGAUUUUGAACAGCUCGUCCUCGGACGUAAAGGCACUGGCACCAUUAAUGGGGACGGUGGUUGGGGUAGCUUGGCAGCUCACCACACACCAAUUAAACCGGCAACACAAGUAACAUCACCGACAUUUUCGUGGUCAUCUAAUGUAUCACAACCCGUCAACAGGGCUAGUGUUGGUGGACUGUCGUCUACAGGACAAAACUCUCGCUCUAUUACUCCAGAUAGCAAUGCUGGAGUCUUCCCAUCGCUUGAGCCGAAUCGCCAGAGGUCUUCUGGUACAUCGGCCUUUGGAGUAUUGCAACCGCAACAGCCGCAGUCAUGGAAUACAUCUCAACAGGUCAAUCGACCGUCACUCCCGCAAAGUUUUGGUUCUUCUCCCUCAAGUUCAACUGCUACCAAUACCACAUCUUUCCCUUCCCCUGGGGGAACAACACUGCAGUCGGGGCCUAAUUACUCUGCAUUCUCUAUUCCGCCCCCUCCCUCUACUCAAACACAAUACCAGCCAAAACCCCCUUCAGUCACGCAGUCGAAUCCUUGGGCUUCUAGUGGUAUAUCUAAUACCACAGCUCAAGCAGCACAACAACCGCCUGGACAGCAAAAGGGUGGUCUAGACAAAUAUGCUAGCUUAUUGUAGAUGGAAGUCUAUCGGCUUUAAUAUAAUUCUUUGUAUAUACC